GGCCGCCAUGGAAUAGAAUCUACGCCUCUUGCCAUGGCCUGCCCGCCGCUUACUUCUCUGCCCUCAUCUCUCCGCGCUGUCAGCUUACUCCAUGUCAGACACCGUGUCUUUCUUGCUGGUCCUCUUUUGUGUCCUUGCACUUGCUGUCCUUAGCCUGGGUCCUUCUCUCCCCUCGUCUGGCCUGGCGCACCCUCCCUCCGUUCUGGUCUCCGUUCAUGUGCUCUCUCUCUCACCGGUCGAAAAAAAGCGCUGUUGUACUCUUUCCCCCAGCAACCACUCUGUCCUUUUACCUUGCUUUGUUUUUCUUCAUCAGCACCCAUCGCCACCUGAGCUUAUACUGUAUAUUUGUCUUCUUGUUUACUCUUUGCCUAAAUCCAUGAGGAAGGUCUUUGUCUUUCUUGUCUCUUGCACUCACCAUGCCAGAGCUAAACACUGAGCCUGGCACACAGGCAGCGAUGAUGAAACACUAGAUGGGUGAAUGAACAAGUGAGUGAGCGAGCACAUGCCAGUGUGCAAGCCGAGACUUGGGCGUUUAUGCCACAGGAGGCGCGGGCCUAGUAGACAUCUUCCAGGAGAAAAACGUGGAAGAUUGAGGCAUUACAGUAAAAUAAACGGGCCCAUCUCACCAGUUGCAGACAGCAGUCUUAAUAUUCCGGUGAAUUUCCUCUCAUCUGUUUUCUAUAGAACAAGAUGCAGAUGCUUUCCAGAAUUUUCUUCAACUGCAGGCAGUUUUUGGAAGAAGUUGAGUACCUGAGAGGAAAUUACAAAACAUGAGAAUCACUUUGAGGUGACCAACAGGCCCAGCAGCCCCUUGCUCCUCCCAAGCCGCAUCUGAGGUCUAAGAACCAUAACUUCAGAUGCGGAAGCUCAGGCCCAGAGGGAGGGAGUGACAGCUCUGGUCAUACCCUCUGGAGCUCAGAGCCCUGACUGCGAGCCGGCCACGGCCUCUUCAGCUGGGUGUGGAGUUGGAGCCCCUCGCAAGAGCUUCCAAUGGCAGACCAGAGAAUGGACAUUUCCUCCACGAUCAGUGACUUCAUGUCCUCCGGCCCCACUGACCUGCUCUCCAGCUCCCUGGGCGCCGGCAGCGUGGAUUGCAACCGCAAGCGGAAGGGCAGCUCCACCGACUACCAAGAAAGCAUGGACACAGACAAAGAUGACCCUCAUGGAAGGUUGGAAUACACAGAACACCAAGGAAGGAUAAAAAAUGCAAGGGAAGCUCACAGUCAGAUUGAAAAGCGGCGCAGGGAUAAGAUGAACAGUUUUAUUGAUGAGCUGGCUUCUUUGGUACCAACAUGCAACGCGAUGUCCAGGAAGUUAGAUAAACUCACCGUGUUAAGAAUGGCUGUUCAGCACAUGAAAACAUUAAGAGGUGCCACUAACCCGUACACAGAAGCAAACUACAAGCCAACUUUUCUAUCAGACGAUGAAUUGAAACACCUCAUUCUCAGGGCAGCAGAUGGAUUUUUGUUUGUCGUAGGAUGUGACCGAGGGAAGAUACUCUUUGUCUCAGAGUCUGUCUUCAAGAUCCUCAACUACAGCCAGAAUGAUCUGAUUGGUCAGAGUUUGUUUGAUUACCUGCAUCCUAAAGAUAUCGCCAAAGUCAAGGAGCAGCUCUCCUCCUCCGACACCGCACCCCGGGAGCGGCUCAUAGAUGCAAAAACUGGACUUCCAGUUAAAACAGAUAUAACCCCUGGGCCGUCUCGAUUAUGUUCUGGAGCACGACGUUCUUUCUUCUGUAGGAUGAAGUGUAACAGGCCUUCAGUAAAGGUGGAAGACAAGGACUUCCCCUCCACCUGCUCAAAGAAAAAAGCAGAUCGAAAAAGCUUCUGCACAAUCCACAGCACAGGCUAUUUGAAAAGCUGGCCCCCCACAAAGAUGGGGCUGGAUGAAGACAAUGAACCAGACAAUGAGGGGUGUAACCUCAGCUGCCUUGUUGCCAUUGGACGGCUGCAUUCUCACGUGGUUCCACAACCAGUGAACGGGGAAAUCAGGGUGAAAGCUAUGGAAUAUGUUUCUCGGCACGCAAUAGAUGGGAAGUUUGUUUUUGUAGACCAGAGGGCAACAGCUAUUUUGGCAUAUUUACCACAAGAACUUCUAGGCACAUCAUGUUAUGAAUAUUUUCAUCAAGAUGACAUAGGACAUCUUGCAGAAUGUCACAGGCAAGUUCUACAGACAAGAGAAAAGAUUACAACUAAUUGCUAUAAGUUUAAAAUCAAAGAUGGUUCUUUCAUCACACUACGAAGUCGAUGGUUCAGUUUCAUGAACCCUUGGACCAAGGAAGUAGAAUACAUUGUCUCAACCAACACUGUUGUUUUAGCCAACGUCCUGGAAGGCGGGGACCCAACCUUCCCGCAGCUCACAGCAUCCCCCCACAGCAUGGACAGCAUGCUGCCCUCUGGAGAAGAUUCCUUUGUUGUAGGUGGCCCAAAGAGGACCCAUCCCACUGUUCCAGGGAUUCCAGGGGGAACCAGGGCUGGGGCAGGAAAAAUAGGUCGAAUGAUUGCUGAGGAAAUCAUGGAAAUCCACAGGAUAAGAGGGUCGUCGCCUUCCAGCUGUGGUUCUAGCCCACUGAACAUCACAAGUACGCCUCCCCCUGAUGCCUCCUCUCCAGGAGGCAAGAAGAUUUUAAAUGGAGGGACUCCAGACAUUCCUUCCAGUGGCCUACUACCAGGGCAGGCACAGGAGAAUCCAGGCUAUCCAUAUUCUGAUAGUUCUUCUAUUCUUGGUGAGAACCCCCACAUAGGCAUAGACAUGAUAGAUAACGACCAAGGAUCAAGUAGUCCCAGUAAUGAUGAAGCGGCAAUGGCUGUCAUCAUGAGCCUCCUGGAAGCAGAUGCUGGGCUGGGUGGCCCUGUUGACUUUAGCGACUUACCAUGGCCGCUGUAGACACUACAUGUUGCUUUGGCAACAGCUACAGUAUCAAAGUGCAUUACUGGUGGAGUUUUACAGUCUGUGAAGCUUACUGGAUAGGGAGAAAACAGCUUUUAUGUACCGACUUCAUAAAAGCCAUCUCAGAGCCAUUGAUACAAGUCAAUCUUACUAUGUGUAACUUCAGACAAAGUGGAACUAAGCCUGCUCCAGUGUUUCCUCAUCAUUGAUUAAUGGGCUAGCUGUGGAUAGCUUGCAUUAAUUGUAUAUUUUGGAUUCUGUUUGUGUUGAAUUUUUUAAUCAUUGUGCACAGAAGCAUCAUUGGUAGCUUUUAUAUGCAAAUGGUCAUUUCAGAUGUAUGGUGUUUUUACACUACAAAGAAGUCCCCCAUGUGGAUAUUUCUUAUACUAAUUGUAUCAUAAAACCGUUUAUUCUUCCUUGUAAGAAUCCUUUACUAUAAAUAUGGGUUAAAGUAUAAUGUAUUAGACAGUUAAAUAUUUUUAAUAAAUGUUUCCCUUGUUCUAUAAA